GAGUCGCUCUGCCGUUCUGGAACUACAGAGGGAGAACACUGUACUGAGGUCGGGAGAGGAGGCGAUGGGAAGAGAAAGAGAGCAGAAGGAGAGAGAGGAGGAAGCCCAACGACUGAGAGUGGAGGUGGACAGACUGAGAGAAGAGGUGGAGAAACUGGAAGAGGCUCAGAAACAACGGGAGGAACAGAGAGAAGAAGAGAUGAGAGAAGAGGAGGCGCGAAGAGAGAUGGAGGAGAAGAGGAGGGACGAGGAGAAGAGGACGGAGGAGGAGAACAGGAGAGAGGAGGUGAAGAGGAGAGAGGCCGAGGUUGAGGAGAAGAGGAAGGUGGACGAGGAGAAGAGAAGGAAGACGGAGGAGGAGGAGAAGAGGAGGAAGGAGGAAGAGGAGGAGAGGAGAGAGGAAGUGAAGAGAGAGCACAGGAGAGCGAUGCAGAGUCUGGUGUGUGAAUACAGCAGCUGUCAGGCAGAGCUACAGACUCGCAUAGUGGCCCUGGAGACAGAGCUACGGGAGCGUGAGGAGAGGUGCAGGAGGAGGGAGGUUCAUCUCUGUGAUGAUCUCCAGAUGGGAAGACUCCAGGAGAGACUCACUGAGAGGAACCAGCUAAUCAAACGCCUGGUGGAGGAACGACAUCAGCUGCAUCUUCAUCCUCCGGUUGCCGGGGACAACGGAACCCUCAGGCUCCAUGACAACAGGCCACACCCCGGGAUCGUUACACCAACUAUGAGGAGGAAGCGUGUGGAGGAUUCUCCGCCCCGCGUCACCAGCAUUCCAAACCUCAGCGCCUAUGAGAGGAGCGUCCUCCUCCCCACGACACCCCCUCCCCUGCCUCCCCCAACAUCCCCCCUCCUCAACUCUGCC